AUGUCCAUUUCAAGUGAGGAGGUAAACUACCUCAUUUACCGGUAUUUGCACGAAGCUGGCUUCCUGCACUCUGCAUUUACAUUUGGACAUGAGUCCUUGAUUUACAAGAGCCAUUUGAAGGGAGAUACUGACGACUAUGCUGGUCUAUUGGUCUCUCUUCUUCACAAAGGGCUGUUGUACUUCAAACUGGAAUACCACUUAUCGGAGGCAAGAUACCUUUCCGUUGAUCCUUUAGGAUGGAACUUCAAAAGCCAUGUGUGUGGAACUGAGGCCGUCAUUGACCUUGAUUCUGAUGACCAACGGAAAUCACCUUUGGAACCGACUGCCAAGUCUACGAAAAAGCCUAAAAGCGAUCGUAAAAAGCGGGCAGAGGACGAUGUAAUAAAAAAGGAGCCGCAACCGUCUUCUUUAUCCAUGGGGCCAUCAUUAACGGAGCCAAAAAAGCAGUCAAAAAUGCCUGUCAUCGAGCCGCUAAGGGACCAAGAUCUGAUUGCGGCAUCAAAAGAGCCUUUUAAUGAGGAGCUUAUUGUCUCCUCUCCAUUGCCAGAGGAGCUUCAAAUAACAUCGCCGGUUACCACCCCAAAUAGCCAUUUCCAAGCAGAAGCCUUGACCCAAUCUGAAAUGGAAAAAAGCACAUCUAUGGACUUGGACCAUAAACGUGAAAUGGAAGUCCAAAACAACGACCAAAGCGCUCCUGUGCAAACGCCAUGUGAUCUUGAGCUCAAGGUGCAAACCCUAACGCGCCAUUCAAAAGGAGUAUUUUCUGUUGCCUUUAACCAGUCAACGCCCUCCUUAUUGGCUUCGGCUUCUUCAGAUGGCACUGCCGUUAUUUGGAAGAUCGAUGACACGGCCAAUGGUAUGCUUGACAAUCCACCUGUUCCCUCAUCUGCCUCGAUUGUUGCUGUUCUUGAGCAUGUUGGCGAAGAUGGAUCUCCAAUUGAUGCCACAACUGUCGAAUGGAGUCAUUCUGGAAAGCUUCUUUCAACAGGCACAUACGAUGGUUCGGUGAAUAUUUGGAAUGCACAGGGAUCUCUUGUUUGCAAAUUGACGCACCAUACGAGGCCUGUUUUUACUGUCAGAUGGAACCCCAAAGAUACGUUACUUCUUGCAGCCUCAUUUGACAAGUCUGUUUCUCUCUGGAAUGUGGCUUCUGGAAAUAGCUCUUUGUCGACUGCAAAUGGAUUUUCAAAACCAGUUCCGCAUCAAAUCUACACGUGCUUCUCAGGGCCUGUGCUCGAUGUGGAUUGGAAAAAUCCUACCAUCUUUGGAGCAGCUUCUGAUCAUUACAUUUACAUUUGUAAGGUCGGCGAAUCGGCGCCAUUGAUGGUUUUUGAUGGGCACGUGGCCGAGGUAAACUCGCUUCGUUGGGAUCCAACGGGGUCGCUUUUGGCCACCGGUUCGGAUGACAAAACGGCGAAAAUUUGGAGCAUGACUCAGGACACGCCUCUUUUGACUCUUUCCGGGCACACCAGAGAUGUAUACUCCGUGGCAUGGUCGCCUUCCCGCGCGUCCUUGCUGGCAACAGCCUCAUUUGACGGCAGCGUUCGGAUAUGGUCCACUCUUGACGGCUCAUCUCUUUUGCUAUUUGCCAACCACAAGUUUCCCGUGUACACAGUCUGCUUCUCCCCAGAUGGGACCUAUUUGGCAUCUGGAUCCUACGACAAAAAUAUACAUAUUUACAGGCUUUCUAUUGAGGAGAGGAACUCUACCUUUGCAAUCUCUGCAAACACAGCAUGCCCCGAUGCUACGUUCCAAGAUACCGGCGGAAUAUACGAUCUUUCUUGGCAUCCCUCUGGGCGGAUUCUUGCGGCUGGAAGCGACUCUGGAAACGUUCAGGUUAUCAGCCUUGUCUCUAAUGGUCGAUCGUUGUAA